AUGUCAAGAUAAAUUGGCAAUUACGUCUGGGACAACUCAGGUUUCCUAGGAGAAGGCUCUUAUGGUAAAGUAUACAAGGGCAAAGAUGUGAAAACAGGUGAGCUUGUGGCUGUAAAGUGCAUGGAUAUGUCACAAUUCACUGAUUAGUUUAUGAAGGAGUCACUUGAAAACGAAAUUGGAGUUAUGAAAAUUUUACAUUCUAAUAAUGUAGUUAGAAUGCUUCACUGUGAAUAAGACAAAAAAACUACCUAUAUCAUUUUAGAACUAUGUCCAGAUGGAGAUUUACGUAAAUUCAUUCACUCAAAUGGAGGACACCUUAAUGAAACUCUCUCAUUGGAGAUUUUGAAUUAGUUGAUGUUCGGAUUUAAGGAAUUAGUUGAUCAUGGAUUUAUCCACAGAGACAUUAAGCCUGAAAAUACUCUCAUUAAAAAUAAGGUUUAUAAGGUUGCUGAUUUUGGUUUUGCUUGCAAAGCUGACAUUUCUGGAAAGAAAUUGAUCAAAGAAUGUGUUGGUACUCCUUUAUAUAUGGCUCCUUAGCUCCUUGAAAACACUCCCUAUACUUCUAAGUCUGAUUUAUGGAGUAUUGGUAUGAUGUUCUAUGAAAUGCUCUUUGGUAAAACACCCUGGCCUGCUAGAGAUAUCAACAGUUACUUACGUAACAUGAAGAAUAGUCCUUUGAGAUUCCCAUAUGAUAAACCUAUUGGUAAAAAUACUAAAGAUUUUAUCACCAGAUGCCUUACCAUUAAUGAAAAGUCACGUAUUAGUUGGGAAGAAGUUUUCUAGCAUCCCAUAUUGAAGUCAAUAAGUGGCAAGCAAGAAGGUCCCGCUUUUAAUUUUGAUGAUAAAGCAAAACAAAUUAUUAGAAGUAUGCAACAAAUAGUAUAAACAAGAAACUUGAACACUGAAUAAAUCUUUUACAAGUUUGAUUCUGACCAUUAAGGUGGCCUUAACCCUUAAGAGUUCCAUUUACUCUUAUAGAAUAUAGACCCUCGUAUUACCUACUAUGAAUCUGAGCAUCUCUUUUAAAUAGUAGAUUCCUCAAAAGAUGGUAGAAUUUCUCUUUAGGAAUUCAAAGCUAUUUUCAACGAAUGGGACUUCAGUGACAUUAAUGAUGUUGGUGCCCAAGUUAUUGUUGAUCUUAAGGAAAUUAUAAAACACAAUAAACUCUCUCUUAAGCAAAUUUUCCAAAACUUCGAUAAGGAUAAAUAAGGAACCUUAGACUUACAAGAAUUCUAAAAGCUCAUUCGUGUUGUUGCUCCUCGUUUGAAAGAUUAUGAAAUCGUUCCAGUUUUCAAGAAAUUCGACACAAAUGGAGAUAAUUAGGUAUCCUUUGAAGAAUUUUAUAGAGUCUUGGCCUACGGAAUGGAAGAACAAGAUUCUAAGUUCAACCCUUCCUAUGAAAAAGGUAAAAAGCUUAUUGGUGAGCUCAAGCGUAUUAUCAAAAACCACAACUUAAACUUAAAGUAAAUUUUCAAUAAUUUCGAUAAGAGUAAAGAUGGAAAACUCAACUUAGAAGAAUUUACAAAACUUGUUCUUGUUAUUGAUAAGAAUCUCCCAAGCGCAGAAAUUAAGACUAUUUUUGAUUUAUUCAAUUCAGAUGGAGAUAAUGAAAUCACAUUUGAAGAAUUUUCUAACACUUUAGCAAAUUGA